AUGCCGUCUUUUUUCUCUCAUUUCAACAAGAUCAUCAAUUGUUCUGUUAGAACCCUAAAAUCUGUGGAAUCCUUCCACUCCUCUUCAACCCUUCUCUUGAACCAUAAUCAACAAGCAACUGGGGUUCCAUCUCCAUCUCGAAUCCAGAAACUUAUAGCUUCCCAAUCAGACCCACUUGUAGCUAAAGAGAUUUUCGAUUUAGCUUCAAAUGCACAUCCAGGUUUCCGCCAUUCCUACGCAACUUACCAGACCCUCAUCCUUAAACUCGGUCGUUGUCGCCAUUUCACCCUCAUGAAUUCCCUUCUAUCCCGCCUUAAAUCUGAUCGUGGCUACACGAUUACUCCUUCCCUUUUCACGCAUAUCAUUCGCAUAUACGGCGACGCAAAUUUACCAGAUAAAGCGCUCAAAACGUUCUACACAAUCCUCGAGUUCAACAUUAAGCCACACACGAAGCAACUGAAUGUAAUCCUCGAAAUUUUAGUUUCGCAGAGGACCCAUCUUCGCCCUGCGUUUGAUCUAUUCAAGUCUGCUCAUCGGUAUGAUGUUUCUCCCAAUGUCGAAUCCUAUAACAUCUUGAUGCGUGCCUUUUGUUCUAACAACGAUCUUAGCAUUGCCUACAACCUGUUCAAUCAAAUGCCAAAGAGAGAUAUUGUUCCAAAUGUUGAGUCUUACAGGAUUCUAAUGCAGGGUUUGUGUAGAAAGAGUCAAGUGAAUAGAGCUGUGGAGUUAUUAGAUGACAUGUGGAACAAAGGGUUUGUACCCGAUUCUCUAACUUACACCACUGUGUUAAACAGUUUGUGUAGAAAGAAGAAGCUUAGGGAGGCAUAUAAGCUUCUAUGUAGGAUGAAAGUGAAAGGAUGCAACCCUGAUAUCGUCCAUUACAAUACUGUUAUUUUAGGGUUCUGUAGGGAAAACCGUGCACAUGAUGCAUGUAAGGUGCUCGAGGAUAUGCCUGCAAAUGGUUGCUUGCCGAAUUUGGUGUCUUAUAGGACUUUAGUUGGUGGUUUAUGUAAUCAAGGUUUGUAUAAUGAGGCUAAAAGCUAUUUGGAUUUGAUGACUUCAAAGGGGUUUUCUCCUCAUGUAUCGGUUUUGCAUGUUUUGAUUAAUGGGUUAUGUAAUGUUGGGAAGAUUGAGGAUGCGUGUUGUGUUUUGGAGGGGAUGUUGAAGAGUGGUGAAGCUCCACAUUUUGAAACAUGGAUGGAUGUUGUUAAUAGGGUUUGUGAGGUGGAGAGUGAAAGAUUAGACAAAGUAUUGAAGGUUGAAAUCCAGCCGAAUACAAGAAUAGUGGAUGCGGGUGUUGAUUUACAAAAAUACUUACUUAGGAAGGCUCGGUUACGACAAGAAAGCAAAUCCCUCACCGGGAAAAUCAGAAUUCUCUCCAUUGAUGGAGGUGGAGCCACCGACGGUAUCUUAGUCGCCAAAUCAAUUCUCCAUCUAGAAUCAUCCCUCCCUCCAUCGUAA